CACAGUCAUUCCCUCACAGUUUCAAUUAUCAGAUCUUCAGCCCAACCCAGUCUCUCAUUCACAUCUUUACCAUCUUCGUAUUCUCUCCUUAAAUAAAUUUCAACCAAACCAAUCUUCAAGAUGCAGUUCUCCACCUCCUUCAUCGCAUCCCUCACCAGCGCCAUGGUGCUCCUCUCGGGUGCCCAGGCCGAGAUGUCUAUCGACCAGAUCGUCGGCGGGCUCAACAUGUUCCGUGACAUGGCCAAGCAGCUCCAGCCGGCCGCCGCGGCGCUCAGCCCGAACCCCCUCUCCAUCCUGACCAACGCCAACACGGCCAACCUGCAGCAGUGCGCCGACGGGUUCGCCCAGGCCGCGCAGCUGGGCGGCGGCUUCGUCAACGGCAUCACCGGCACGGCCGCCGUCGACGGGCAGUAUGCCGACCAGGACCGCUCCAACAUCGCCGGCGCCUAUGGCGACUGCGCUCAGAGCCACCUGCUCCUGCUCAAGACCGUCGCCAACGCCCAGUCCGGUGUUGGUUAUGGUACCUCGCAGGGUACCUCGCUCAUCAACUCGAUGGGUGGAAUCUCGGCUGUUAUUACUGAACUUACGUCCAACCUGGUCCAGAUUGUCGGCUCCGGCUCCGACGCCGCGAAUCAGCUCAACGCAAACAAGAACAAGCUUCUCAAUGGUGCGGCCAGGGUUAAGGCUUGCUACUCUUCAGAUGUUGUCAGCAUUGCCAAGUGCAGCUUGCUUCGGGCUCAGGGCUUCUAAGCUGUACAACCUGGCAUAAAGGGGAAGGAGGUUUCAGGAACAUAUGGGUACAUGAUACUCCGGUUAAAGAAUUCUUGUAGAUAACUGUUUUUAUUUUAUUUAUUUUUAUUACAUUCGUUAUUUGUUCAACAAAA